CUAAAAGAAAUCGUAAGUCCAGGAAAGAAUUAAAACGAAAAACAAAUCGACUAUAACAGAAUCACCUUUUCAACGCACCUUUUUAGGGAGUUUCCUCGUCUCUUCAGACAGUAAUGGCGGAAAUUAUUCUCACGUAAACCAAGUGCCAAGCCUCCUUUGUUUUUAUUUUUCUGUUUUUCUUCGAUAGCAAAAUCCCCGUAUUUUCUCUUGUUUGUCCUCGAAGAACUUCGGGAGAAGAGAGAGAUGUCUUCUUCUGUUACAGUUCGAGUCGAGAAGGCCACAAGCGAUCUUCUGAUCGGCCCCGAUUGGACUAUGAACAUGGAUAUUUGUGAUACCAUCAAUUCGAAUCACUGGCAGGCAAAGGAUGUUGUUAAAGCUUUGAAAAGACGGUUGCAGAACAAGAACCCAAAAGUUCAGCUACUUGCUUUGACGCUUUUGGAAACAAUGACAAAGAACUGUGGUGAUUAUGUACACUUUCAAAUUGCUGAAAGGGAUGUUUUACAGGAGAUGAUCAAGAUUGUAAAGAAGAAGACGGAUAUGCAUGUGAGAGAUAAAAUAUUGAUCUUGCUAGACUCUUGGCAAGAAGCAUUUGGUGGACCUGGAGGGAAAUAUCCUCAGUACUACUGGGCAUAUGAAGAAUUAAGGGUAAGUAUGAUUGACGAGCGAUCUGGAGUAGAAUUUCCACGGCGUUCAUCAGAUGCAGCUCAAAUAUUUACACCACCUGUUACACAUCGAACAUUAAGACAUACUCAAGCAGGAUAUGGCUUCCCUAACAAUACUACAAGAAGGCUUGAUGAAGCAAUGGCAUCUGAGGUGGAAACAUUAAGUCUCUCAAACAUAGAUUCUAUGAGGAGUGUUAUGGAACUUCUUACUGAGAUGCUGCAAGCAGUGAACCCAAAUGAUCGUGAGGCAGUAAAAGAUGAAGUGAUAGUUGAUCUUGUCAGCCAGUGCCGCUCCAACCAGAAAAGGCUGAUACAGAUGCUAACUUCAACUGUUGAUGAGGAGAUCCUUGGUCAGGGUCUUGCAUUAAAUGACAACCUACAGAGCGUUCUUGCAAAACACAAUGCUAUAGCCUCAGGCUCACCCUUGCCAACUGAAGUAAGAGAACCCAGAUCCAGACCAUCUGAAGGAAGAGAUAACAACACCAAACCACCUGAAGUAAGUGAUAAUGUCAACAAACUAUCUGAAGUAGGAGAUGCCAACUUUGAACUAUCAGAAGUAAGGGAUGCUACACGAAAUGUCACUUCUAUGUCAAAAGUUGUGACAAAGGCCCAACUUGAUGAAGAGGAUGAUGAAGAUGAUGGCUUUGCCCAACUAGCACGCAGGCAUUCCAAAACUGCGCCCCUGUCUUCUCAAAGCAAAUCUGCUGGUAUGAGUGAAAGUUGUGCCCCAAUGGACAUGGCAAAUUUUACUGCCCCAUCAACACCAGAAAUCUCAAUCCCCAACAAGAGUAGUGCUUUGUCAUUGCUGAACCCACCUGCACCGGUUAGGACGGCCACAAAAGAGCAGGAUAUGAUUGACCUUCUGAGCUUAACCUUGUCAGAACCCUUGACCUCACCCCAUACCCCUUUAACAACCCCAUCAAUCUCUAACCAUAACAUGCAUCAGGUACCCGCCUCUCCUACUACACAAGGGUACCCAUAUGGGCCCCAGACUUACCCUGGAAACCAAGGGCCGGUAUCUUACAACAGUUAUAUUGUUCCCUGGGCCCAACCUAAACCUCAAUCCCAAGCUCAACCUCAAUUUACUGAGUACUCAUCAAGCUACCCUCCUCCCCCAUGGGCAACAGCCCCUGCAUAUUCAGAUCAGAGUCCUUUAUCCACUACAGCAUCUUAUAUGUCUACAACUCCUCAAGCAAAUGCUUCUUCUUCUCACACGCCCCUGCAGAUGGCUAGGCCUUUCCAGCACUAUAACUCAUUCUCAUCAAGAGGAAGCAAUGGAUCACCUGUUCAAAGAGAAGCACAGUUAAGCUCCAGCGAAAGGAACUCGGUCUCUGCAACUGAGCAGAAAACAUUUAUUCCCUCCUACAGAUUGUUUGAGGAUCUUAAUGUUCUUGGGAAUGCAGAUAGAGGGUUUAAGAGGACAAAUAGCACCUCUCCUAGCUUGUCAGGCAUGUCUGGCCAAGGUAUAGUGGGUGGAAGGAAGUGAGACUGUUCAUGAUAUUCCUGUAAUGCUAUGUACAGUGAUCUCAUGCAUAUUUACUAUGAUUUAUGCAUAUGGUGUAUAUUUAAUACUUUAUAUUCAUUUGAAAUGUACGAAUUAAAUGCAUAACCUGUACAGAAUAAGCAUCAACAUCAGCUAUUUUUAAAUUGAUAAAGUGGUAGGAAUCCUUUCUUGCCAUUCCCUCCCCUCAAAUUUCAAAAU